AUUUUGUACACUAAACGAUGCAAUUGCAACCGGCGGAUGCAUAUGACAGCAUAAUAGACUUUCCAAUUGCAAGGCAAUUACAAGCAGCUGUUGCAUAUGAUGCAACCAUAACAAAAAUACAGUAAAACAUGGGCUGUUGAGAGGAGUCGUUUGUUUGCUUUUCAUGGACCUGGUGAUGCAAAUGAUACGAUAAGGAAAAUCAGACAUAGAUGAUACGUGAAAAUCGUGUCUUUUUCCAUGUUUUCUCCCACACCCGCGCCUCUCCCAGAUGCACGUCAUGAUGCAGGAUAGGCAUGUUCGUUCCCGAACGAAAAUGAGGCCCCUAGCUACAGCUAAUCUAGCAGUGAACGCGACCCAACAGUGUUAUGUCAUGUUGUGCCCCUCAGCACCUUUGGCAAAGAAUGUGGUGCCGGCGGAUUUGCGUUUGAGUUUUCGUGCAAACUUUUCAAAGUGUCCAUUCAGCCCUCCAAAGUUGUGAGCUUCUGUCCCCAGGUGCUACAGGAAGAUCCCCCGACACGGAUGGAGUCCUUCGCCUCUUCCGGCAGCUCAAACCGGUCUCGCCGCAGUCCCCGACGUCCACGCCCUCGGAGGGCUGGAGAUCCUCGCCACAGCUCGGCGGCGAACGAGCCGCAGCUUGAAGGCGCUGGAGAUCCAGCUGAGCCUUAUGUGCUGGAAGCCCUUUGAUGUCCAAAGCGCAGCAAAGAUGAUCCCAGUCAAUGAUGAGCACAUAAAUACAUAAGUCUGCACUUGUCCUUUGGACAUUACUCAGUGAGUCAGCACAUUCCAAAGAAGUGGAUUUCGAUGUAUGGACAUCGAGAUGGACAUCGGCCGAAGUGGGCCCGUGUCCUCUACCCUCACGGGUUCCAGAGUUUUUGCUGGUUAGAUUCUGGAGCACUGGAGGACUUCCGAUUUCGACCGGGUGGUCGCUCGUUCUGAGGGGUCAAAUCCCUCAAAAUAACGCACCACAGGAAUUCACAGAAAUUUCAAUUUUUGUUGGUAGAAAACUUUGCACCAGAACUGGUGCUGCAGUUUUCUUAGCCUUGAAUAUACAUGUUUGCCACAGGCAACAUAAUCACGCGAUUGAAUAUCAUGCCACAAUCUCCAGUUCUAUCGAUUCAAUAGUGUCCUACAAGUAGCCCAAAAUCCAUCCAAUUCCCAUCCGAUUUGGACACUCGUUUUCCUCUCUCGGGACAGGACUCGGGACGGGCAGUUCCUGUGCGAAAGGCCCGUGCCGAGUUCGGGAAGAACGACCAGCGUAAGUGACCUGUGGGACGCCAAACUGGUAGUCCGUAGUCCAGUGUGCCCUGAGGGGCACACAGAGAGGCAACGUGAGAAAUGAGAGGCAACGUGUUCUAAUGUUUGGCAAGAGCCCGAGGGCUGUCGAUUCCUUGGGGAUGCCACCAGCUGUUUGGCGACAGGUUUGAUGUCCAACACCGAGUAUGUGGCAAGAGGAUCCGUGCUUUGCGAUGAGUGCGCGGAGACACCCAGUGCUCAAAGGAUUCCCUGCGAUCCAGGAUCCCCGAGCUGCUUUAAGAAGCUGGAUGCCUUCAGGGCAAGCAGCAGCCCCUCUGCUCCAAGCAGCUCCUUGCGGACCAUGGCGAGGCGCAGCGCAGUGCCCACUUCGGCGGGCGUCUCGGUGCCCACGGAGUCGGGUCAACGCGUCACCUUCAACUGGAUCCCAGGCCAAGGCUCUGCGGGCGACGCGUCCGUGUCCUCGGACUGCGACUUCCAGUCGUGGCAGCUGGAGAUCCACGUGCAAAGCCAAAGCGACGACUGGGGAGUCCCUGAAGGCUGUGCUGAUUUGACCGAGAGCAGUUCGACCAGUUGCAUCGAUGCUCGGCGUGCUCGGCGUGUGUGUUUGCCAGCGGCAGCCAGCAGCGAUUGGAUGGCCUUCCCUUCUUUUCGCACAUCCUACGCAGGAAGCUGCCUGGUCCCAGCGACGGCGCCGCAACUGCUGAGGGCUGCCAGGAGCACGCCGAGCAUGUUGGAGAUUUGCUUCACCGCCGGGGCGGCGGGUGACUGCGUCUUCAGUGGCUUCGAACUGCAGAUGCAGAUGGAGGGCAGCAGUUGGAUGGACUUGCCACAUGGUGAGAAAUCGAGGCCAGUGACCUGUGGCAGCCUGGCGGUGCGCGAGGGACCCUGCUGCUCGGUGAUGAACCUCCUGGAGGAUUCCGAUCCUCAGGGCACCGGGUACUUCUUCCGCGCGCGGGAGACCUGCAGCAACGGCGCUCCUUUAGCCUCGCCCUUCGUGACGUCCGAGGUGGCCCUCUACACCACAUCAGUGCCGGAGGUGCCUCCACCGAGCUACCGGGACCCACUGGGGGUGAUCACUACCCUGGAAGCGCCCAACAGGCUGAUGCUCUUCUUCGAGGCAGACCUUCAGCUGGGCGCCAGCGAUGUCCCGUCGCACGGCACACGAUGUCCUGGGGCCGAGGUGAGUGAGGCGGACUGCGCCUCUCGCUGCGCUGAGCGACAAGACCUCUCGGCAGCUCUGCUGAGCGACGGGUCUUCAGACGCACUGCUGAUGAGCGCGCGUGUGCUCUUGGUGGACUUGGGCUCGGCGGUGGAACCCCUGACGAGCUGCACCUACGAAGUGACUGUCGAGGAGCGAAGUGACUGGCGGGAGGAAAGUGAAGCAGGACUGGCCACCGGGGUUGUCCUUGGGAGGGAAGUCCUGAAGACUGGCCACCUGAUGCGUCAGGAAGGCUUUCUGGUGACGCAACUGGAACCUCGAAAGGCGUCGCCCAGGGUGGUGUGGAACUUCACUCACGUGCCCCCAGCGCCCACGGGGAGCCUCAGCCUCCAUUCGAGCACAGAGACUUCUUUGGUGGUCCACGUCACCUACGAUUUGCCGGUGACGGUGCAGUGCGGCGUGUUGACGGGCGAAGGCGUCGCGCACCUGGCGCCCGCGGAGGAUUUCACGGGCGCCCGGAGCUUCGUCGAAAUCCGCAUCACGGGCUUAGAGCCCUUUACGCAAUACACGGUGACUUGCACAGGCGUUGUGAUUGGCAAUCCAGCUCUCAACUCCACAGUGACUCAAGCAGGUUUGUCGACGCUGGUGGACACCGAUGAUACCUUGUCUGGCAUCACUCUGGUGGUGGAGGCGCUCUGCGACGGCGACGGCGCCUUUGUCCAGCCCAUCGAUGCCGCGUUCUUUCCGCCGUUCUCCCCAGAGAAUCGUCAGUACCAACUCUCCUUGGACGCCGAAGAGAUGCGGACCACGUGGUGCAGUGAAGAUUCGGUGGAGGCUGUGGUGAGGAUCCAACUGCAAGGGACCUCCACCAGCAUCUUCGCUCGAGUCACCAACCCCCAGGCGCAAGUGCUACGGCAAGAGCUUCGUGAUGCGACCACUGGACAACUCCCGGAGGAUGUCUCGCCCAACGCGGUGGUCCAGGUGAGCAUUGUGGUUGAUCCAGCACAACUGGGAGCCACCGCACCAGCUCCCUACGUGGUGGAGGUCGUGCUAGGCGUCUUGGACGUUCGCGUGGAGAGCCACAGCUUUCCCGCGCUCGUCGAGGACGACACGACGGACACAGAGAGUGGGGACUCAGCCAGCCUGGUGCUUUCAGUGCCUGUGGGUCUCACUGCCUCGGAGCUGAACUUCCUCUUGGGGCCUCACCAGCAGCAGGCCACCUUGAGCAGUUCCGAAGCCGCCCCACAGCAGGAGGGCGAGACCGUCCCCAGGAUCUUGCUCACCUUCGAUUUCGCCAGCCUUGUUGGAAUGGGUGACGGGCUGCCGUUGAUCAUUCAAAUCCAACCCGCUGCUGGGAGCAGCACCCGCGUGGUGAAUAUCUACACGCAGAUCUCAGUCAGCUUUGCUGCUCCCACAGUGAUCACUGUGGAGACGACGCAAGUGAACAACCUGGUGUCUUUGACAGAGAUCACCUUUGUGACCAUCACAGGGGCCAACUUGGCGCUGGCGGAUGAGCCUUUGCAGCUGAACGCCGAGAUCUUCAUCGCCAGCAUCCCCCCCACCUGUGACGACUCCGAAUGCCGCGCGGCCGAGCUGCAGCGUUUGGUCAGCGACGGUCUUGGAGAGAACUUGUGUCAGAGCACAGUUGUUCUCUCUACCACAAGCUUGAGCUGCAAUGUGGCACCAUCAGCAAGCGCCUCCUUGGGCCUUUGCCUGGUGCUCCGGGGCGGCCUCUUCUCGAACUACUAUUGCGCUGCCACUUUCCCUGAAGCUCUUCAGCCUCAGCAAGUGACGGUCACAGGUGUCAACACCCCGGAGCAGGAAGCCUCCUCACCCGAGCCCAUCAUCGUGACGGUCGGAAGCGACAUCCCUCCGGAGUCUGUGACACAAGGCUUUUUGCAGGUCUGGGUCUCACCCUUCGACGAGCCAGCGGAAGAUUUUGCCGAUCCCGGUCCCGGGUACUUUCCCUUGUGUGCGGACGCCGUGGUCUUGGAGGAUCGGAGGAGCAUUGAGUGCUACCGGAACCAAGACUUGAACAUCUCCGAGUUGGGGACCGAUCUGAACGUCUAUGUCCAAACGGGGCAAUACCAAACCUCCUCCAAUGUGCUCGAGGGCGCCAUCCAGCUUCUCCUACCUGAGAUCAUCAGGGUGACCCGGAACCACGAGUACGAAGUGGGCGAGCUGAUCGUGACCAUCGACGGUCGGCACUUUGGCACCGCUGAGAAUGGAAACAUGGUGGUCUCUGUCCAGAGCUUCGGCGCUUCGUCCCCCGUGGUCGAAGACCCCCGCUUGGCCGAAGGUUUCGGCGAUCCCAGUUAUACGGUGCAAUGCGAAACCAUCAGCCAUACGGACACGCAGAUUGUCUCUAGAUGCACUUCAACCCAAACCAACAGCAUUUUGGGCGCCCAAGUGGAAGCAAGUCUUUAUACCGAGACGGCGCAGCUGGAGGUGGACGAGUCGCAAGGGCGGCGGCUGCAAACGACGUUGGAUGAGUUGGCUCUUCAGCUCUCGCAGCUUCCCGUGGCGUUCUCCGUGGGCUACCAGCUGGAGUGCUCCGUCGCUCUUAGGCUCAACCAAAGCUGCGAUGAACCCGUUGCGCAGACGAGGGAGUGGCAAUCGGUCCGCCUGCGACCGUGCCCUGCGGGAGAGCACCGAAUCAGCUACGCAGGUGUCGGCUGCCUGCAGUGUUUGCCUGGCUACUACAAAAGUGGAGUUGGUCCGGCCUUGUUCUGCGAUCCUUGUGAGCUGGGCUUUUACAUGGGUCUUACGGGAGCAGGUGCCUGUACUCCAUGUCCACCGCACGAGACCACGCAGAACACCAGCUCACGCGAGAUCGCCGCCUGCGACUGCGCGGAAAACUACUUCCGGAGGAACUCCUCGGUGGAUUGGACGCUGGCCAGCAACCAUGGCGUUUGCGAGCCAUGCCCCUACGGAGCGAUUUGCGAAGGUGGCUCCGUGUUGCCCUAUUCAGCGCCGGGCUUUUGGACACCUGACAGGCUGGUCUUCUGGUCCUGCUUCCCAGACUUCGCUUGCCUACAAGGCAACGCGGAUGAUCCAAACCUUUGCCAAGAGGGUCGAGUGCCCCAUGGCCGCCGCUGUGGCCGCUGUGCGGCGCAGACCUAUGUGCAUUUGAGCGAGUGCAGGCUUUGUGGCUUGGCCGACCGCGUGUUGGCGUGGGUCGGGCCCUUCCUGGUGCCCCUCUUGACGGUCCUGAUCUUCUUGCCCUUGCUCAUCCGUCUUCUGAGAUCCAACGACAUGGCUCGUACCAAGAGAUCCAAAACCCUGAUUAAACAAAGAGGCAAGACGCGGAACUCGAUGCUGGGCCACCUGGGAGAUGAUCACGGAGAGUUCCGCAUGCUCGUCGUGAUGUGGACGACUCUUCAAACGUUGUGGAUUUGUCACGAGAUGCCUUUAAACUUCACGCGCUUUACGCGGGACUGGUUGUGGGCUUUAGGUGUCACGGCCUGGGAUUUUUCGAUUUUGAGACCGCAAUGUGCCUAUGAGAUUAGCUUUGUUUGGAAGUGGCUCCUGCAGUGGUUGGGCUUCUUCGUGAUGAUUGCCUUCACGCUCCUGUGUAUUUGGAUUUAUACCUGCAUCCACCGGAACGCGAAUCGUGACUACUACUACAUUAGCCCUUCACAGGGUCUGCUUGGCAUGCUGUCCAUCAACUUCAUGAUUCUGCUCCUGGUUCACCUGCGAGAUGACUUGAUAUUUCUGCAGUGCAUUGAUUGCGAAGAUGGCAAGUUGUGCCUUGCGGAGCAACCGGCCAUCGAGUGUCGCUUGGGCGAUUGGGAAUGGUCAACCAUGUUGGUGAUCUCAUUGAUGGACAUCUUCAUUGUUAUCGUGGGCUGUGCCUACAUGAUCGUGCUGGGUGUCUAUAAGUCUUGGCGCUGGCAGCAUGGGAAUUUGCCUGGGCUUUGCUCCAACGCCGAAAUUCCCUGGUACGUGCUCUUUGCGGACCUGUGGGUGCGAGGCUACAUUGGAUACAUCAAGGAGAUCCGAGAGGCGGUGCCAGAGUUUCAGCAAGAGUAUCCUCACCUGGAGAGUGAGGAAAAGCGCAAGGAGGUUUGGAACAAGGCCAUCGACCUCAUUUUGGCCCAAGAAGCCGAAAAGGCAGAGAUUCUUCUUCACCGUCUUGUCCAGCACCUGUAUCGCCACCACCCGCGGUUCCGUGUCAUCGGUGAGGAUGAAGGUCCAGCGUUGCAGCUCGUGAAGGCCAUCACGAGUUCGUACACCAGCGAGCGCUCUGUGAAGGCUCAAAAUGAAGUGCUUGGACGAGCGGAAGAUGGUGUAGAUUCUUCCUUGAAGGUCGCGGACGUCCAUCAUGUCGAGCUGAUGAUGAAUAACCUCUUGGACUACGCCAGGUGGACACUCCCGGGCUGCCGAGCAGUUAAGCGCGUUUUUGCCUAUAGCUGGGCUGUGGUAUUGCUAUUUCAGCGAUUUGCCAUCGUGAUCUUCUGCAUGCUGAUGCCUCAAGAUCAGGACUUUGCAAUCCCUUUGACUUACCUGUUAGUCAAGCUGGUGUCUUUGCUCGCGGAAGCCUCGUUACAUCCCUACGUUUGGACCUUCUUGAACGACUGGGAAGUGUCCCUGCAUGCUCUGAUUUUUGUGUUCAUGCUCUUUGUGUCCUCCAAAUGGUCCGAGUUAACCUGUGACAUCCUCGUAGUCGUCGUCACUGGCUGUGCUGUGGUGCCGCUGAUUUUGCGCCUCAUCGAGCUGCUGAUCUGCAAGGAUGCCAUUGAAGACCCGACGGAUAUUAGCAUCAGCAUAGAUGAGGCGAAAUCGGUGCCAUCCUAUCACUUGGAACAGCUGGAUCCGGAGGACCUUGAAAGGGCGGGCGCUCCAGGCGCCUUGGACCAUGUGCGACGAGGCGUUGAAUUGGUGAACAAAUCCUCCGCCUCUGUGCCGUCCCUCAGCUCACCCCCACCGACAUCGGUGGAGAUGCUGCAGAGCCAAAGCGAACCCAGUGUGGCCGCACAGGCCACUAUCCCAACAGAACACGGUGCUGGAGACGUGCCAGAGGAGGUCGUUCCAGAUCCGCCGGAAGAAUGCAUUCCACCAUCGGUGGACAAGGAAGCCGGAUCUGCCUAUCUCGACCCGAAGGCUGCAGGCACCAUGACCCCCGGGAGAUCGAUCGUGUCCUUUUGA